AUGACUGUUUCACUAACGAGUAGAGAUUUCUUGAAAGCGGGAGCUUUGGUGGCUGGCGGAGUGGCGAUUGGAUAUUUUAUCGGUACCACAAUCAGCCGUCGUUUUCCUCGUUUAAACUACGAGAUCAAAUUGGAGUGUGAUAAGGUCGUUGACGCUAUUGACGUCAAGGACAUCGAGCGGAAGAAGAACGGUCAAUUGAGAACGUUCUGCCGGUGUUGGAAGUCGAAAAAUUGGCCCUACUGUGAUGGAGCGCAUAAAGCUCACAACAAAGAGACUGGUGACAAUGUGGGACAGUUGAGGAUUCUUGAGACUUCGCAAGAAGUGAAAAUCUCU